UGUCCUGUUUUGAAUCUGCCCGGUGUUGUUGAGACCCAAAACCCUAACUCUGCAAAGAUCGAUUUCCCUCCAGAAAGUCUACAUCAUGAGUCCAAUCCCACACUCAUCAGCCUCCUCCCUCUCCAGGAGCUACGAGAUCUGCUUGGUUUGCGAAGCCGAGUCUGGAAUACGUGAUUCUCGUUAUGAAGUUUUCGUCGUUGACGUUGGUCCUUGCUCUGGUGGUGGACGACGUCGUCGUGGAUCCAGAGUAUUGCGCAACCCCUUGUUCCAUAUUCCGAAAAACUACCCAAUGAGCAUGUGCUUCUUUGCCUUCGAUUCGAGCAUCUACUUUGCGGGAGGAUUUUUUGCGGAAGGAGAUAAACUACAUUCCAGUGAUGUUUAUGUGUAUGACACAUCCUCCAGCGACCGCGCCAUCAAAAAGUUAAGUAGCAUGAAUUCCACCAAGUUCAUGCCUUUGGUUAUUGGUCCUAUUAAUGAUAAGUUCUAUGUAAUUAGUGGAUCCCUGUUAUUUCGUGAUUUUGAGCGUUUCGACCCAAAAUUGGAUUCUUGGGUUCACCUCUCUCAGCCUCCUGUUCAGGACCCGGUCCUAGAUGCUGGAUUUCAAUAUGCCACCAUUACUGCAUAUGCCGUUGUGAACAAUGACCGCGAAAUUCUCCUGUACACCAAAGACGAUCUCUACUCCUACCAUACUGAUUCAGAUGAGUGGUUUUUUUACGCCAAUGCUUCUAUUCCUCCUACCUAUUAUGCAAGGCAAAUUGGAUGUGUAGUGUCAAUUGGUGGUGAUCGCUAUUUAGGGUUUAAGCGUUGCGGGGAUGUUUGUGAUCCCAAUUUUGAGUCUAACCACCGCAGGUGUGAUGAUGACCAUAUAGUACUUGGUACCUAUCGCUACGACAGUAGUGAUCAUACUUGGCAUGACUUCCAGUAUAUCCAUGACUGGCCCCUACAAAUGUAUUGCCAUGCCUAUCCUAUGUCUUUGGGUGAUGGUCUACUCGCCGCUGUUGUCUCUGGAUAUGAUCGGAGAGCCCCUUUGGUACCUGAUGAUGAUGAUGAUGAUGAUGAAUCCAUGCUACCCAGUACACACUAUGUUUCAACAGGGCUUUUUGUAGACGGACCCAAUUUCAAUCCCCUGCAUACCUGUCUGUACAAGGAGGAGUACAACAUGAAGCGCCACAGGAGGGAAAUCUCAGCUGCCUUCCCCUUAUUCCGGUGGAGCAACAGACUGGAGUCAUGAUGGAUACGUGGAGCACUUUUGUAUACCUUCCCGCUCGGAAGGUAGCAGGCAAUGGGGGCGAGUCUAGUGUGGAUGUUCUUGGCAUCGUGUGGACACAAGCAUAAUCUG